GGCGGGACUGUGCGAAAUCGCGAGGUUUAAACUUGAUAAUGGACCAGAGUCUCGAUGAUAUUAUCCAACAGAAGCGCAUUAGAGUAACUAGAGGUAGAGGUCGUGGACGCGGUCGCGGUGGCGAAUCUUUGCGAGGUGUCCGUCGUGGUGGAAUCGCGCGGCGAAACACAAAUGGAAUGUCACGAGCCUUACCUGACAAAUGGCAGCACGAUAUGUUCCAAGAUGGUCGUAGCCCCAAAGGAUCUGGUAAUACAGUUGGAAAUGCAGCGAGGCUGCACAUUUCAAACUUGGACUUUGGUGUAAACAAUGAUGAUAUAAAUGAACUUUUUCGUGAGUUUGGUGCAAUUCGAAAGGCUACUGUCCAUUAUGAUAGAAGUGGUCGUUCUCUUGGCACCGCAGAAGUCGUUUUCGUGAAUCCACUUAGUGCAACAAAAGCCAAAAAUCACUACAAUGGUGUACCGCUCGAUGGGCGCCCAAUGGUCAUUCAGUUGGUCGGUGCAGCUGUUGAAACUUCUGUAACAUCACGUCCCCGCGUUACUCGCCCUCGUGGUUCACCGAUUCGUCGGGGUUUCGGACGUGGUCGGGGUCGUGCACGUGGUCGCGGAAGGAUUCAGAAACCUACAGUUACUAAAGAAGAAUUAGACGCACAGUUGGCUGCUUAUAAUGCUCAGUUGCCCACUAAAACAACUAAAACUGCUAUUUUAGGAGCUUGUGUAACUUCUAGUUUAAGUAAUCUCGUAAAACGCACGAAAAAUCUGCCUUUCCCUUCGCUUUUUUACAAUGCUAUUUAG